GAUGGAGAAAGGGGGUCUGUAAAACGUCAGGCGCCGCACAAAGGCUUUGCCACGUAAUUACAGGCUCCUAUUAAGUGGAGAUCUGCCCUCCCAGGGGUCUCCAAUUUUCUUGUAUUCCCUACAAAGCCUCCUCUCCAUGCCAGUCUGUGCCUUUUGAAGUGCCAGAGAGCUUCUUGAUCCAACUGAGAAGGGAAAAGGAGCUGCGCACGGAGAAGGGGGAGAGCGCGGAGGGAAGGGGGACGCGCCACUCUUCUGCAGACUCUUGAAGCCCCACUUCUUUAUUUCUUAUUUUUUCCCUCCUUACGAAGAGUAAAGUGAGAAUCCUGCUCUCUAAUACAUCUGCAAGACAUCACUCUCCUGAAAUUCUAGUCACUCCCGAGAAUCCACAGGAGUGCAGAGAGGGGGAACGCGCUUUCUUGAAGACAUUUUAAAGCUGGAACAAGCCUCCUUCUGUUGGUGCUUGAACUCUUGCCGGGGAAUAACUUUUUUAACCUCUUUCUCUACUUUUUUUUUAAAAACCCACUUUGAUUCUUCUCUCCACCCCUUCAUCUCUCUUCUGUUUGCCUAACUCCCCCGCCCUGUUGGCCUCCCCUUUCCUCUCUCCCCCUUAUUAUUAUUUUUAGUGUCUGCGUGUAGACGCUUUUUGAGAAUUGGAAGGGAUUUUUUUUUCUUUUUGAUUUAAGCUUAGGGUGUUUGUUUGUUUGUUUGGUUUGAUUUUUAAACUUUUUUGGUGUGGAUUAUCUCUCUGGACCACGCCGGACUUGGCUUCAGCGAAGCAACCGAAGCUGCGAGAAAAAGUUACUUGUGCUGAAAGUUCUGCACUUCAGAAGGGGGUUCUCUCUCUCUCUCUCUCUCUCUCUCUCUCUCUCUCUCUCUCUCUCUCUCUCCUCCACUCCCCCCUCUUUCUUCCCCACUCGGCUCCUCUCCCCCCUCACGCCCACAGCGUUUGGUGUUGAUUCGAGCGGGAAGAGGGGGGUGGGUGGGAUUGGAGGGAAGACCAUGACCUCCAGCUACGGGCACGUUCUGGAGCGGCAACCGGCUCUGGGCGGCCGCUUGGACAGCCCUGGCAACCUCGACACCCUGCAGGCGAAAAAGAACUUCUCCGUCAGUCACCUGCUAGACCUGGAGGAGGCCGGGGACAUGGUGGCGGCACAGGCGGACGAAAGCGUGGGCGAGGCGGGCCGGAGCCUGCUGGAGUCACCGGGACUGACCAGUGGCAGCGACACCCCUCAGCAGGACAAUGAUCAGCUGAACUCUGAGGAGAAGAAGAAGAGAAAGCAACGGAGAAACAGGACAACCUUCAAUAGCAGCCAGCUGCAGGCCUUGGAGCGCGUCUUCGAGAGGACCCAUUACCCGGAUGCUUUUGUACGAGAAGAUCUUGCACGUCGGGUGAACCUCACGGAGGCCAGAGUGCAGGUGUGGUUUCAGAACCGAAGAGCUAAGUUCCGCAGGAAUGAGCGAGCCAUGCUGGCCAAUAAAAACGCUUCUCUCCUCAAGUCCUACUCAGGAGACGUGACUGCCGUGGAGCAACCCAUCGUACCUCGUCCUGCUCCCAGACCCACCGAUUAUCUCUCCUGGGGGACAGCCUCUCCGUACAGCGCCAUGGCUACUUAUUCUGCCACAUGUGCCAACAAUAGCCCUGCGCAGGGUAUCAACAUGGCCAACAGCAUUGCCAACCUGAGACUGAAGGCCAAGGAAUAUAGUUUACAGAGGAACCAGGUGCCAACAGUCAACUGAGGAAAAAAAAAAUUAAACAGGCCUAAGAAGAAAUCAAAAACCAUAAGACACCUAUCCUGUUCUGUCAUUUCUUCAUCCGCCGGAAAAAAAAAAAGAUAAAAGCAAACAAACAAAGCCAGAACUAAAAUAUUGGGACCAUGGCGGAGAAAAGCAGGAGAGGAACAAAAUGAAAAUUAGUUAACAAAUGUUUCUUCUUCCUCUUGGAUACCAUCACCAUUUGUUGUGUGUGUAUUUUUUUUCCUUCUACCCAUGCUUUGCUAAGUAUACUUCAGGCUUCUUCUAUUAGGCUCAACCCACCCAUUCCUAUAAUUGUAUGAGAAUAAAAAAAAAUGUAGCAGCCAAAGAAAUAUAUAUAUAUAUAUAUAUAUAUAUAUAUAUAUAUGAAAAAUCACUUCUCAGUAACUUGUUUGACACUUCAGUGCCUUACUCUGUCUCCUUCCAAGUCUCUCUAGGAGAUUUUUGAAAAUCCAAAGUCUUUCUGAAGAAUCUGUAUUAUUGUGUCUAUGUUGGUCAUGGUAAGGUUUUUCUAUCGGCUACAGGAAAAGUAAAUGUGCACAUGUUCUGGUCACUGAACUGUCUGAUCGAUGUGGUUGGCCAUGUCUAGUGAAUGCUAAGCUUUAAGCUUUAGGUUAUGAUGUCACCAUCAACCCCACUCCUUACCCAACCCAAACAAUAAACCAUCCUAAGUUAAA